ACACGUGUAUAAGUCAUCCUCUUCGUCUUCUUCCCCUUUUAAAAUCCCUAAUUUCCGGAGCUCCGUGGCGCGCCGUCGUACGUUCCGAAUCUACAGUCAGAGAAUCUAACUGUGACCAUGCAAAACGCACUGACGAUGAACCCACGAGCAUCAGAUGAUUCCAGUUCUUCCGAAGUCGAAGCUGAGAUCAGCGACGGCCUUUCUCCGCUAAACAGAUCUCACAGAGCCGUCGUCGAGGAUGAAGCUUCGCUGGUGAUGAGAGCAGAGAUGUAUCAAGGCUACAUGAAGGAGCUUCCCAUUCCGAUGAACCGCGGUUCGGUUAUUCCCUUCACGAGUUGGGUUGGUUUAGGCUUCUCGAUCAAACAGCUUUACGGUCAGCCUUUGCAUUACCUCACGAACCUUCUGUUACGACGUUGGGACCAAUCAAGACUCGGGUCUGAUUCGGAGUUCCAGAGUUUGGAUCUCAUCGUCCAUCCUUGUAAAGCUGAAGCCACCGUCUGGCUCGUUGAAGAAAUCCAUCGUCUCACUUCUUCUCAUCUCCACAUCGCUCAGCUUUGGGGAUCUGAUCCUGUGUACCACUCUUUGAUUGAUCCGAUCGUUCCUGAGCUACCACGAUCAUGAAAACAAGAGUUCUUGAACACCCUUUUCAAGAAUCUUACUUUAACGAUUUUAAGUUUAGAUAAUGAAAUGUGAAUGUUGUUUUAUCUGCUUUACUUGUGUUUCGUUCCAAGAAUCAUCCUUUUAAGGAUUGAAGUAGUUCUCUAUGUUAACUUUAGAAAAUGAAAUGUAAUUCUCUAAGUUACAAAAGAGACAAUUUGCUCCUUCACUUUUUUUUUCAACUUGUGGUUGUGUAAUUACCAGGAGUGAUUGUGCAAGAACACUUCCCUUUAGUAAUGAAAUGAAACUUGUUAUUGUA